GCCCGCCGCAGCCGCAGCCUUUGUGUGAGGCGCGGGGCGGCCCCAUGAGGCGGUGAGGCGGCGCGGGAUGGCGGCGGCGGGCGGCGGGCGGCCGCCGGGCCCCGACUCGUCGCUGGAGCCGUACGUGCAGACCCGCAUCUUCAAGAUCAUCGUGAUCGGGGACUCCAACGUGGGCAAGACGUGCCUGACCUUCCGCUUCUGCGGGGGCACCUUCCCCGACAAGACCGAGGCCACCAUCGGCGUGGACUUCCGCGAGAAGACGGUGGAGAUCGAGGGCGAGCGCAUCAAGGUGCAAGUGUGGGACACAGCUGGCCAGGAGAGGUUUCGGAAGAGCAUGGUAGAGCACUACUAUCGCAACGUGCAUGCUGUCGUCUUCGUUUACGACGUCACGAAGAUGACUUCCUUCACCAACCUCAAGAUGUGGAUCGAGGAGUGCAACGGGCACGCGGUGCCCCCCCUUGUCCCCAAGGUGCUCGUUGGGAACAAGUGUGACUUGAAGGACCUGAUCCAGGUGCCGUCUAGCAUGGCCCUGAAGUUCGCUGACGCUCACAACAUGCUUUUGUUCGAGACCUCAGCCAAGGACCCUAAGGAGAGCCAGAACGUGGAGUCCAUCUUCAUGUGCCUGGCCUGCCGGCUCAAGGCGCAGAAGUCGCUGCUCUACCGCGAUGUGGAGAGGCGGCCGGGCCGGGCGCACCGCCUGGAGCUGACGCGCGACGCCAACGGUAAAAGCGCCUGCCCGUGCUGAGCCGGGCGGCUCCGGGCGGCCCCGCCGCUGUUACCAAUAAAGUCUGUGAGGCA